CUAUAGCACUAGAGAGCACACUAGAGAGCUUGACCUUGCGCUGCUAACUGAAAUGUAGGAUGGAUUCCUUCGUCACUCUUUGACAAAGCAGGAUAAGAAGUACUUCUGGUAACAUGCUUGGAAUGGUGGAGUGCUCACAUUUUUAUUUGAGAAAUAGAGAGCCAAAAAACAGCUAAGAGCAUUGAAGCGCUGACUAUUUUCAAUAGAGGAAAGAUAAACAGUCAGAUGGAGAUGGAGACAAGCACAAUGCCUCCAAAGGCCCCGAGGCUCACAGUAGAAAAAGACGCACUCCCAUCCCCGGUACUGGAGAUCAUUGGAGGGAUCACUCUUGAGGCCCUCCAGACUCUGGAGGAUCCUGAAGAAAGAGACGUGUGGUCGAUGGAGGAGGGAGAUGACUCCGUGUUCUACAGUGAGGAGGACCGAGCUCAUCAGGAAACAAAAGCAAACACAUCUUGUGGUUUUGGUGCCGACGGCUGCAAGCUCCUUGUCAACUGUAUGGCAGCUGAGGAUGAGGAUGAUACGGAGGACGAAUCCAUUAUGGACGAAGAAAUCGCAGAGUUGGAGACGGAAGUGACUCAGCGGGUCAUUCUGACUGAGCAAGAAGAGAAGCAACAAGAGCUCCAGAAACCAAAAACUGUACCUAUGGAUCAGUCAGAUCCUGCAGAACCAGGAGCAGAGUCUAAUCCAGCUCCAGAGAAGUCAGCGAGCACCUGUGGAGAAUCUCUAAACUGCACAAUUACAGACAUGCAAACACAGCAAAACAUAUCAGCAGAAAAAGUGAAUCUGCCAGUUGAAAAAGAAGAAGUGACCCCAAAACUUGAACCCUUGUAUGAAACCGACGGGGAGCGUUAUACGAGGCUGAGCGGGGAGGCGGACGUCCCAGAGCAGAAUUCUAGUGCUCAACUCCAGAUGUCAGGUGACAGGCAGCUUCAGGUGGAGCCAGAGCAGGACCAGGACUUCGAUGUCCCUGUGGGGUUUCAUAAGAACUCCAGUUCAGGCUGUUCCACUCUGCCUCUGCCGAAGAAAUCCUUCAACCACCUCUCUCCCUCCAAAUACGACACCCUGUCCUACCGCAAGAUCCGCAGAGGCAACACCCGCCAGAAGAUAGAGGAGUUUGAGUACAUGGUCGUGAAUUUAUAAGAUGAUGGAUUUUGAGCUCUUUUAAGGAAAAUGAAAACUGCUGAACGGGAUCCAUAACAAAGCUGACAUCUAUGCCAUGUGGCACACAGUUUACAUACUUAUUUGUUCUAAAAUCUCUGAUGUAACUCUCCAGGUGACACACGAUUUCCAAAUGAGUGCUAUUUAUAUCUGUUGUGUAGUAUCUGAUGGGGGAGCAAGGCCCAACAACCAUGUCAUAUCUAAGAUGUACUUUGUGUUUUGAGUUGAUGGUUUUAGGAUGAAAACAUCUCGUUAUGUAAGACAGGUAUUUGAGCAGAUUACAUAAAUAAGACGCUCAGGGAUUUAUAAUCCUACUAAUAACUAAAACAUUGUUUGGUAUUAGCGCUGCGGUAUCUUAACCUCUAGUAAUGAGGGUAAGAAUGUUCAAGUGAUUACCUAAACAUACAUACUUACAUGUCCUAAAGGCUGGUGGAUAAAAACAUAAUAAAGUGAUACAUGCUAUUAAAUCUUUAUCUCCAUCGUUAUAUUUUUAGUUUCUUAAUCAAAUCCAUUUCUAUCAGUGCGUGGUGAAGGGGUUUGAUAACGGGUCACAACAUCAUGACAUCACAGCACAGGUUUAUUGCAUGUUUUGAACAACACUUCCCUCUAGUGACAAGAAGAAAUAUAUACAAAAGGGACAGUUUAAAAAAAAAAAAAAAAAAACUACACCUAAAUAAUGCUUAAAACCAUAGAAGCAGCUGUUUCAACCACGUGCCUCAUCAAACAUAAAAGUAAAUGACAUCUAGAAAAGAUGUGUUUUAAUGCUAAUACAUUCUACAUGGCAGCCAAAUAAACUCAAUCAGUCCCCGCAGAGCAAACAAAGAAAGAAAAAUCACUUUUUUCCUCUCACAUCUAAGAGUCACUGUGUAAUCUUUGGCAGUGUGAUGAAAUGGAGUGUUCUUCUGU